CUCCAGUCGAUGUGCUUCGUAAACACAAUCCUCUGAACUCAGGAGCGAUAAAGAUUCUUCCACAAUCCGACAGCACUGAGAUUAAUCAGUGUUAAUCGUGGAGUAUUGGGAGAAAGUCGUUCAGUGGAAAUGAUGAAAUUUCGCGAUGCAUUGCUCCUCGCAUUCGUCGUGUUGCAAAGCGUUAGCUAUGCGGAGGCUUACCUUUGCAUGUGCUCUCCGACGAAUUGCGUUUUGAUUCAUCCUAAUACGGCUUUUUUCGACAGUGCUGAAAAUUACUGCUCGUCCUUCAGAACAUCGGCGUACGAGAUUUCCAUUAUCAAACUAAUGGAUACCCAGCUCUCAUCGGAGGCAUUCGUAAAGUUUCCGAACAUGACCUCGUUGGAAAUUUUCCAGGGCCAGCUUGAAAAAAUAGCUCCCGACACGUUUAAUGGCGCAGGAAGACUGAUGAAACUGUUGAUAAGGGGAAACAGUUUAGCCAAUUUGGAGGAUUAUACUUUCAAGGGAGCCGAUAACUUGCGGGAUUUGGUGAUCUCAGCGAGUCCAUUGAAACGCAUUUCCGAGAAAGCGUUUGCUAAUCUGCAGCAAUUGGAAAUGCUGAUCUUGGCUCAUGGGGACAUUGAAUCACUCCCGAAGAAACUGUUCGAGAACAAUCGUAUGCUCAAGAUGUUGUCACUCAACAGCAACAAGCUAACGUCGAUCGAUGCGGAUGUGUUCAGUGGGCUUGAUGAGCUGGCGAAGUUGGAAUUGGCAGAUAAUCAGCUGAAAACGUUUGAUUACAAGUUUUUGAAGGCAGCGGUCGUAGUGUUGAACAACAACAGCUUACAGCAUUUGGUUAUCAAUGAACAUUGCAGUGCAGUGUAUGCAAGUAAUAAUGAAAUCGAGACGAUUAGUAUAGAUGGAUCGAAUGUUUUGAAACUUUCGCUCAAUCAUAAUCGCAUUCACGAUGUCAGUAACAUCACGAAACUUGCAAAUUUAUCGAGUUUAUCUUUGGGAAGUAACACUCUGGAGUCGAAUUCAAUUUUCAGUCCUCUGGUAGCCCUGGAAGAAUUGAUCCUGCAGUCCACCUAUAUUAAUUUGACUCGAAGCACGUUCGAAAAUCUAUCAAAUUUGAAGAUAUUGGAUUUAUCGUACAACAAUCUAACCGUAGCUGAUUUCAAAAUCUUCAACUCUCAAUCAGCUCUACAGAUUCUGAGUUAUGUUGGCAAUCGGAUUCCGAAUUUCAAUUACUUCGAGGCAAAACAAAUUUUGCCUCGGCUUCGGGUGUUGGAGAUUUGUAAAAAUGGUUGGAACAAGACAUACUUCGAGUACAACAUAAUGCGGAUGAAACGAUUCCAGAUAAACCCGGAUAUUCAUGGAUUCGCCUCGCACUUCCUGUUCCGCGACGAGUAUGUUGAUAUGUGUACGGAAAAGUUGAUCGAGGACUAUAACUAUGACGACUAUCCGGAACCACCCGCUGAUGCGGAUAUCGAGGAUGAAAUCAAAAAGUCAUACCCCACGGAGCAAACGCUGCCAACAACGACCACUGUGUCGACGACGCAGGACACCAUCCAUCAAAAUGUACACUAUUUUCCACUUACACCCCAAUCGAAUCAUCAUAUCUCCGAGCAUGACGUCCCGGUGACUUCCGAACCAACUGUGAAGAAACAGCAACCUGAAGAGGAAGCGUCACCGCUUUUGAUAACAUUCCAGGUGCUGGUGUAUAUCCUUUCGGUCGUGGGCUUGGUCUCGCUGGGUGUCGUGGCGUAUUUGUGGAGAAAACGACAACUCGACGUGCGAAGACUUGCCGCCAGCCCGGAAAGUGCGGACGCUGUCAGAUUAAUUUAAUCAGUCAUAAUGGACAAAUAAACAAACAAUUCAUGUCGGAAUUUUAAGCAUGAAUUUUAUUCUAUUCGUGGUUUGCAGCUUCUAGAUUUCUACUUUUUUAUGCAGAUGUUGAGAAAUAUAGGUAGACAGCCACUAAGUUUAUCUCAUACUUUAUUCACUAAAUACUUACCUAAUUUUAUAUAUUUUAUGUUUUUGUUGAGUGAAAAAAUAAAAUUGCCAAUAUGCUGACGUCA